GAUGGGAUCUCAGACCAAAUAAAAAUUAUUAUAGUUACAUUGAUGGUGCUGUACUCGUUUACGAUAUUUCUCAACCUGACAGCAAAACGAAAAUAAACGAACUACUAUUAGAUGAAGAUAAUAGCUAUAUUAAUAAUAAAAUUCCUAUUAUGAUUAUUGCCAACAAAUGUGAUAAGUAUGAAAAUAAAAAUAGAGAAGAUCUCUUAAAAGAAAAACAGUAUUUUGGAGAGAAGUUUUUAUUUAAUACAACUUCAUUUGAAGAGAAGACUAGCACUAGUCUCGAUAAAAUCCUAGAAGAAAUCAAUGAUCUGAAUGAAUUGGCCCCUCCAAAUAACCAAUUUAAGUCCAUAAUGGAACAUGCAACACAAUUAUAUUUGUGUGAGAUUCCAAAAGUUAUUUAUGGCAGGCAACAACAAGUAGAAUUAUCAUUUGAUGGA